AUGGAGAAAGCAAAGCAAGCCGUUUCUAGCUUCCUUUCCAACGACGGAAAGCACAGAACCACUGUCGACGAAGAUGUUAAGCCUCACGUCACUCAGGAGCAUGUUAUGCCUCAUCAGCAUGAGCGAGUGACCACUGCUCUUGACAAGGAGGUUCAUCAAGAGCACCAUCAUACAACUGUUCAGCCUAUUACUCACAAGGAGACUCUUCCUGAGCAGCACCACCACAAUCUCAUCCCAGUAGAGCACAAGACUUUUCACCACGGCAAUGAGCAAGACACUCGGGCUACACUCGACCGAGAAGCUGCUAAAUACAGAGACACCACAGAGACCUACAGUACCACUCACUCCACUGAGGCUGCUCCCGUUGUCACCGGCGAACGAAUUCAUCACCAUGUUCAUGAGCAUGUACAGCCCAUAAUUAAUAAAGAAACUGUCCAACCGCACGUCGUUCACACCACGAUACCCAUUCACGAAACUCACCACGCCGCCCCGGUGCAUCACGGAACUUCUACUCUACCAGCUAAGACUCUGGAAGAGUUUACUCAAGAGCGUGGCGGUCUCAAGGAGCGAGCAGCUCAGAAGCUCACCGAAUUUGAGGGGUGUCCCAAGCCAUACCGACGAGAGCUCCAGGGUGAACAAUUGGAAGGUGACAAAUCAAUGCACCUUCACGGCCAUGGUGACAACUACGGUGAAAAUCAAGCCUUCGCUGGCCGAGAGGGUCAUGGUAUGGGACGUAACACUGAGGGUCUGGCCGCUGGUGCCGCAGCCGGCGCCGGGGCUGCUGCAGCUACUCGCAAGCACCGACACGGUAUUGGCCACAAAGACCGCCGUGGGUCUGCCUCUAGCAGCAGCUCUUUGAGCUCUAGUGACGAGGAGUCUCGCGGUUUGGGCAAGUCUUCCAAGACCAAGAACCGUGGCCUUGGUAGCUCAACCGGAACUGGUGUUGGAGCUGGAGCCGCCGCCGCCGCCGCUAGCGCCGCUCACUCUCAUCACCAGAACCGUGAAGGUGCUGCAGCUGCUCCCUCUACACUUGAAGGUAACCGAGGCAUUGGCAGCAACACUGGGCUUCAGUCUGGUUCUGGUAUCCCCGGAACUGCCGGUGCUGGGUCUGGUGUAGAGUCUAUGGGUACCACUGGGAACAUGAGCAACUUUGGCUCCAGCAACCGUGGUAUUGGAAACACUAACACUGCUGGUCUUAACAAGCCUCACACCGGCGACUAUGACCAGGUUAAGACCGGAGGUCUUCACAACGACCCCUUGAACAGUCAACACUCCCGUGGUGACUCUGGUGUUGGUAUGCAGACUGGCAAAAAGCCUUCCUUGCUCGAUCGUCUCAACCCCAUGAAGGAUGCUGACGGUGAUGGAAAGAAGGGACUUUUGGACUAA